AUGACACUCAUAUUAACGAGAAUCGAAAUUGAUGCUCCGCCGGCGGUUGUUCGAGCAAAGUUUCUCGAUUUUGAAAACCUACUAAACUACUCGCCCGAUGGAUUUAUCAAGUCCAUAGGCCCGAAGGUGGAGGGAGAGGCAUUGAUAGAAGGAACGAAGAUGCGAUGCGUGUUAAAGGGCGCGACGAUGGAGCCUGUUUGCUUAGAAAAUUCACCCUCUGCCUUUUCCUGGCGAGGCGCCCUCCCUCUCGGUCUCUUCACUGGUGACCACGGCUUCCGGUUUUCCCCAGGCGUCUCCGGUCCCGAGACCACAAUAUUUAUUCAUGAAGAGCAGUUCUCGGGGCUUUUGGCGUUCAUGAUUGGAGAUAAUUGGUUUGCGAGGUCAGUGGGUUUGAGGAGGAAGACGGAGGCGGGGUUUAAGGGGUUCAAUGUGGAUUUGAAGAGUGUUUGCGAGCAGUGGAAACAGGAGGGUGUUUAG